UUCGCCCGUCCACUGUGCCGCCUCCAGCCGCCGUCACGCGCGCGCUGCACGCGAUCAACACCUGCACCUCCGCCGCGGCACUCGCGCCCCUCCGCGUCCACAUCCUCCGGGAACCCGCGCUCCUCCGCUCCACCGCCGUCAUCUCCGCCUUCUUCCUCGCCUGCGGCCGCCUCCGUAGCCUCGACCCCGCACUCGUUCUCUUCGCCUCCCUCCCGCGGCCCCACGUUUUCGUCUUCAACUCCCUCCUCCGCUCCCUCCCCCAGGCCCCCGCCUGCUCACCGCUCCCGCUCUUGCGCCACUUCCUCGGCCUCGGCGCCCGCCCCAACCGCUACACCUUCCCGUUGAUGCUCACCUCGCUUUCCUCUCUCCGCGAGCUCAACGUCGCGCACUCCCAGGUGGCCAAGUCCGGCUUUGCGCGCGACCUCCACGUCCGAAACGCCCUCCUUGCUCGCUACGCGGCCUGUGAUCCGGACCUCGGGCACGCUGAGCAGUUGUUUGAUGAAAUGCCACGCCCGGACGUCGUCUCGUGGACCACGGUGAUCACCGCGUACAGAAACCACGGCCACAGUUUCUUGGCUCUGGCCACCUUCCGGCGGAUGUUCGCUGCAUCUGUUGCUCCCAACCGCGUCACCAUGGUUUCUGCACUUGGUGCUUGUGCAGCACAUGGUGCUGUGGACACUGGCAUCUGGAUUCAUCAGUACGUUCAGAAGCUGGGUUGGGAACUGGAUGUCGUGUUAGGCACUGCGCUUGUUGACAUGUAUGGGAAGUGUGGACACGUUGCGGAAGGAGUCCGUGUAUUCUCCAAAAUGACUGAGAGGAAUGUUUUUACUUGGAACUCUAUCAUUGGAGCAUUUGCUUUGGUACAGGAUGGAGAAAUGGCUCUGCGUUGGUUCUUCAGGAUGAAGGCUGAUGGCAUACGCCCUGAUGCUGUCACGCUAAUUUGUGUUCUUUAUGCAUGCGUACAUGCUGGAUUAGUUGAUAUUGGGAGGAAAAUAUUUAACUUGAUUGUUCAAGGCGAGUAUGGGUUUCAACCUGGGAUCAAGCACUUUGGAUGCAUGGUUGAUCUUCUUAGUCGCUCUGGACACCUGAAUGAUGCUUUCAGGGUUGUUGAGGCAAUGCCAUCACAGCCAAACGCUGUCAUUUGGGGCCUGCUAUUGCGAGGUUGCAAGGACCAUGGUGAUUCAGUCUUGAGUGAGCAUGUGACAAUGCAGCUGCUGGAGUUGGAGCCUGAAAAUGCUUCGCAUUAUGUGACACUUGCAAACUUGUAUGCUGAGACAGGGAGGUGGCUGGAGGCUCACGAGGUCUUGAAGUGGAUGAAGGAAAAAGGAUUGGCAAAGGAUGCAGGCUGGAGCCUUAGGAUGUUAGAGGACAGGUCAAGCAAAUGUAUAAGUGAUGGAAAUUUCAUGGAAUGUGCACUUUGAGAAACAUCAGAUGAUCAAUUAACCUUUACAGUAUCAGGUAGUUAAGCAUGCCUUACUGUCACACUUGGAUUUAAGGGCCAAAACCCAGACGCGAAUCAAAUGUGUCUGAGAUUAAGUCUCACACACAUGAUGACUUAUGGUACAAAAACGAAUGCCACAUCUUUAAUAUAUAAUGGAGUUCUGUACAAAAUAGUUAAAUAAUUACAUCAUACGAAAACAACGAUCUAACAACCAUAGUUAACUGGGAGACGACGGCCUCCGAAGGAAUGCAAACCUCAGUUUGUUGACGCCCAAUGCAAGUGACUAAUGUUGUGGGGAUGGACAUGCAUAUUAUGUUGGAGGAGUAUGGCCUAAAAAAAGCCUUGUGCAUCAGUAUCACAAGUCCUACAUGUCAUGACCCGUGGAGAACACAAACGAAUGAGACAAGCUAAGUUGGUUGGUACUGCUGCGCAACAAGAAAAUAUCUCAUCCUCUUAGAUUUCAGUGGUCUAUAGAGACGUGGGGCUCCACAAGAAACUUCUUAGCUGAUGGUGACUUGGUUAUCGAAAGCAACUCCAAUCAUAUGAUAUUAUCAGUAGGUGAAAUCAUGCCUAUUUUUUCGGAAUAUUUCUUUGCAAAGAAAACUUGGGUUUAGCUACCAGAUCGACCAUUAAGCGGAUGGAUGUUUUUAAGGACCCCGACACCAUGUUUACAAUCAUGUUUCCCUGUAAUUCCCUUCGCUUCUAGCCCUUUUUUUUGUUAUCUUAUAGCAUGACACAUCACCAUGUUUAUCCUACCACUAUAAAA